GCGUUACCAUCGCGUGAUGUGCACGUGCAAAUGAUAACCAGUUUAAGUCCAAUUAAACAGCGGAUUGUCCGUUCAGUAUGAUAAGUAGAGUUUAGGAUUAGUAGGAGACUUUGGGGACAGUGUAGAGGACGAACGUCACCUGUGCGGACAGCGGGCUACCAUUUCUUUUACACCGGCUUUCUUUGCUGACGUCCAUCGGUUAACUUCGCUUUUUCUGAUCAAUCCAAGCCAUUCCUGCCAUGACGGCAUAUCACGAGAAAGCAAGUUUGGCAAAUAAACAAUGCCACCAUAUAAAACAAGUAGAAGGGAAACAAAGAAGCAUUAAUAAUCCACAUGACAGUGGUAAAUCUACACGUAGAAGAAUUCUCAGGACAGGUAACCACAAAACAUAUAAUUACAGUGAACCACCCGGGGGACACAAUGCCACAGAUGACUGUAAUCCUUACCUUCAAAAGGAAGGAUCGUGCGAAAUCCCACCGGAGAAGCAUGCGGCCGGUGGCGCCAUCUCUGAACCAAGUUUGAAUUCGAAGCAACAUCUCCCACGUCAAUGGAAUGAAAGCACAAUUGGAAUUAAGGAGGAAGAACUUCUUUCACGUCAUUGGCAUGGACCUCCAAGUAAAAUAUUUAGCUCUUCGUGGUGGAGUCUUCCAAAACGCCUGAAAACUUUCGAUUUUUUCCCAAGAACCUGUCCUGUGCACGCCGAAGAUUUGGCACUGGCUGGUUUUAUCUACACAAACACGUGGGAUCUCGUCGAAUGCCCUUUUUGUGUGGGACAGCUUAUGAACUGGGGACCAGAGGACAUCCCGUUCCUUGAACACAAAAGACACUUUCCAUAUUGCAUCUUUGUCAAAGAACAAAGCAAAACACCACUGAAAGACGACUCGCACAGACAAAAUGUAAGAUUAAUGAACCCAUGGAAUACAGGCGGGUCCAGAGAUAAAGCAGGAAAUCCCUUCAAUGAAGACACAACGGCUCCAGUCAGUUGCCCACUGUCAAAAGACAUGACGGCAGAGUACAAUCGCCUGAGUACAUUUGACCACUGGCCUAAAGAUUGCCCCGUUCGUCCAGUAGAAUUGGCAAGGGCUGGCUUCUACUAUACUCCUCGUUCUGACCGUGAUGAUCGAGCUACAUGCGCUUUUUGUAAUGGCAGUAUUCACAAGUGGAUCAAAGGGGACACAGCAUUAGGGGAGCACACCCGUUUAUUCCCCGACUGUCCUUUUGUGAAAGAAAAGCAGGCCGACGCCAGGAGUAAGGACAUCGCUCUGAAUGUUUUGAAGACCAUUGGAAAAGAAAAGUCGUCUGAAACGUUUUCACAACCUAAAGCAUUCCCAAGAGAUGUAAGCAAGUCAACCCAAGCACCAGAAGAAAUCUCUGGAGCUCGAAAAUAUGGCAAAACAAAAGGGCCCCAGGUUCCGGUCUCUAAUACAAACCGUCAACACCCAAAGGAAUCUGCAAAACGAAGAGACCUGAAUAGUGCUACAAAACUUAACCCUCUUUAUCCAGAAUACGUCCAGGCAAAAGAUAGAUUUAGCACUUUCUACGAAUGGCCGGAUCACAAGACCCAAAGAGCACAGGACCUUUCCCGGGCAGGUUUCUUUUAUGAGGGAAACCUUGACAUUGUUCUGUGCUUCCAUUGUGGGGUGGGUCUCUGCGGGUGGCAACCGGAAGAAGAUCCUUGGAUUGAGCAUGCGCGGUGGGCUCCGACUUGCGAGUUUUUGCAAAUUACGAAAGGAAGCGAUUUCGUUAAAGACGUUCAGCGAGGAAUGAGCAUUCAAGGAAAAUCUAAGAGCGAACCAAUACCCGUCUCUGCUAAACUGGACACAAGCGAAAUGGAAGCUAAGAUGCUUAAUCCUAUUACUCAGAAGGCUAUGGAGAUUGGAUAUUCCAAAGACGUAGUGCGUAGAGUGGUCCAAAAGCGAUUGGAGGACAACGGCGCCGAGUUUCCAAAUUUACAGUCACUUUUACAGGCUCUUUUGGAUGCCGAGGAGCAGUAAUAUAGCUGUGAUGAUUUGAAAAAAAA